UUGAGUAUCAAUCGAGUAAUCUAGAAUAAUGUCGUUUCUAUGGGAGAAGAGCCAGACAUGGAGAUGGCUGGUGACCAAGACCAGGGAUUCGAAGCCCUUCUUUCUCACCUUCGCCACCGUCUGCGGCGUCAUUCCCGGGAUUAUCGGCUACUGCGUCAUGCAGGUCACCAGCUCCAGCAACCCCGAGCUCGAAGCCAAGCUCCGCCAGUCCGCCCGCCCCGAAUUAACGAUGAUGGGUAAAGUUAAUCAAGAGAGGCUAGCAGAGUACCUGGGAGAACUGAAGAGGAAAGAAAAUACAAAUGACAGAUAUGUUGCUGCUUUAAGAGGCGAGACACUGACUAGAAAGCCAUAUGUGAGAAUUCAACCAGUCCCAAACCCAAAUAGCUCUGUGGUCGAGGAGGAAAAGAAGUAAACGUCAAGACAGGAUUAGGUCCUCAUAUGAUAAAGACAUAGUAACCGGUGGCUAGUCGUUUGUGUUUAUUUUGGAUUUCAACAUGAUCAAGUUGAAUUUAUCCUAAGGAAUAUUGAUUAUUUACUUGUUUUCUGACUUAUUAGUCAAGGAAUACCAAGUACAUUUGUGCGAAGGAAGUGAUGUAUUGCGCAGUCACUUUAUUGAAUGUAUUUUGAAAGUAUAUUUGAUCAAAAACAUUAGAGAAUGGUUUUGUUUGAAA